AUGAUAUACAAUGAACACAUUUAUAAUGAAGCACUUGGAAAAAUUGAAGAUAAAGUAAUGGCAAUGGUAGGUAAAAAAUUAAGCGACUUUGGAAUGAUAAGCCCUCAGCGAACAACCGAAAAUGAACUAAGUGAUGAAAUUAUACGUGAAACAAACUACGAUAUACCAGCUUUGCAGCAGCAAGUAGCCGAACUUGUACCCCGCUUGCUUCCCGAACAAAAACGGGUUUUUGACAAAGUAUUAGGACAAAUUGAAUCUGGAAAUGGUGCACUUUUCUUUUUAGAUGCCCCUGGAGGAACUGGGAAAACAUUUUUGUUAAAUUUAUUAUUAGCGCAAGUACGGAAAGAUAAAAACAUUGCUGUGGCCGCAGCUUCCUCCGGUAUAGCCGCCACGCUGCUAAGCGGGGGCCGCACUGCACAUUCUGUUUUAAAACUCCCUCUAAAUCUAGCCCAAGAAGAAUCGCCGAUCUUCAACUUUAGCAAAAAUAGUGCACGAGGUAUAAUGCUACGACAAUGCAAACUUUUAGUGUGGGACGAAAGUACAAUGUCGCAUAAAAAAGCUGUAGAAACACUAAAUCGAACGCUCCAGGAUUUGCGCAGCAAUACCGAUGUAAUGGGAGGAAUGGUGGUUUUACUGGCUGGUGACUUUCGCCAAACUUUACCUGUCAUUCAAAAGGGCACAGCUGCAGAUGAAAUUAAAGCAUGCCUCAAGUCGUCUAUUUUAUGGAACAAGGUGACAAAAUUCAGUUUAACUACGAAUAUGAGAGUGCAUUUGUAUAAUGAUGUCAAUGCUGGAAACUAUGCUGACACACUAUUAAAAAUUGGCGAUGGGCGGUUGGAAACGGAUGCUGAGGACUGCGUUAAAUUGACGAGAGAUUUUUGUAAUUUAGUACAGAAUCAUUCCGAAUUAAUUCCAAGCGUUUAUUCAGAUUUAACGAACAACAUGCAUGAAGACAAACGGUUAUGUGAAAGGGCGAUUCUUGCACCAAAAAAUGAGAGCGUUAACAAAAUAAAUUCAGAUAUAUUAAGCGAAGUAGGAAAAGAAAUAACAGAGUAUUUGUCAGUAGACACAGUUGUGGACACAGAACAGAGCACUUCAUAUCCCGUAGAGUUUCUAAAUUCUCUAGAGUUGUUAGGUGUGCCCUCACAUAAGCUUCAAUUAAAAUUAGGCGUCCCAGUCAUGCUACUGCGAAAUUUAGAUGCUCCUCGGUUAUGUAACGGGACAAGGCUGCGUGUGACACAUCUUGGACGGAACAUAAUCGGUGGUACAAUUAUGACAGGCGUAGGAAAAGGUGAAAAUGUUAUUAUACCACGGAUCCCUAUAACUUCCACAGAUCUUUCUUUUCAAUUCAAAAGGUUGCAGUUCCCUAUUAAGCUCAGUUUUGCAAUGACAAUUAAUAAAGCGCAAGGGCAAACGUUACAGGUAGCGGGGGUCAACUUAGAAAAACCCUAUCACUGGUCAAUACUACGCAGACUUAUUGCAGACUGGAAACAUUGA